AUGCCGGAGCAAUACCGCCAGCGUCCAUUUCCUGAGCCGGAUGCAAUAGGACUUUGUCAGGGCCACGUCAACCGUGUGACAGUGUCAGCAGUAGUGACCCAGCUGGCCAGUAUUCCUGGUGUAACAGUGUCAGUAGUAGUGACCCAGCUGGCCAGUAUUCCUGGUGUAACAGUGUCAGUAGUAGUGACCCAGCUGACCAGUAUUCCUGGCGUGACAGUGUCAGUAGUAGUGACCCAGCUGGCCAGUAUUCCUGGUGUAACAGUGUCAGUAGUAGUGACCCAGCUGACCAGUAUUCCUGGCGUGACAGUGUCAGUAGUAGUGACCCAGUUGACCAGUAUUCCUGGCGUGACAGUGUCAGUAGUAGUGACCCAGCUGACCAGUAUUCCUGGCGUGACAGUGUCAGUAGUAGUGACCCAGCUGACCAGUAUUCCUGGCGUGACAGUGUCAGUAGUAGUGACCCAGCUGGCCAGUAUUCCUGGCGUGAGUGUCAGUAGUAGUGACCCAGCUGGCCAGUAUUCCUGGUGUGACAGUGUCAGCAGUAGUGACCCAGCUGGCAAGUAUUCCUGGUGUAACAGUGUCAGUAGUAGUGACCCAGCUGGCCAGUAUUCCUGGUGUAACAGUGUCAGUAGUAGUGACCCAGCUGGCCAGUAUUCCUGGCGUGACAGUGUCAGUAGUAGUGACCCAGCUGGCCAGUAUUCCUGGUGUGACAGUGUUAGUAGUAGUGACCCAGCUGACCAGUAUUCCUGGCGUGACAGUGUCAGCAGUAGUGACCCAGCUGGCCAGUAUUCCUGGUGUGAAAGUGUCAGCAGUAGUGACCCAGCUGGCCAGUAUUCCUGGUGUGAAAGUGUCAGCAGUAGUGACCCAGCUGGCCAGUAUUCCUGGUGUAACAGUGUGAGCAGUAGUGACCCAGCUGGCCAGUAUUCCUGGUGUGACAGUGAACCCAGCCCUAAGGAACCCAGCCCUAAGGAACCCAGCCCUAAGGAACCCAUCCCUAAGGAACCCAUCCCUAAGGAACCAAGGACUAAGGAACUCAGCCCUAAGGAACCAAGGACUAAGGAACCCAGCCCUAAGGAACUCAGCCCUAAGGAACUCAGCCCUAAGGAACCAAGGACUAAGGAACUCAGCCCUAAGGAACCCAGCCCUAAGGAACUCAGCCCUAAGGAACUCAGCCCUAAGGAACCAAGGACUAAGGAACUCAGCCCUAAGGAACCCAGCCCAAAGGAACCAAGGACAAAGGAACCUAGCCCUAAGGAACUCAGCCCUAAGGAACCAAGGACUAAGGAACUCAGCCCUAAGGAACCAAGGACUAAGGAACUCAGCCCUAAGGAACCAAGGACUAAGGAACUCUGCCCUAAGGAACCAAGGACUAAGGAACUCUGCCCUAAGGAACCAAGGACUAAGGAACUCUGCCCUAAGGAACCAAGGACUAAGGAACUCUGCCCUAAGGAACCAAGGACUAAGGAACUCAGCCCUAAGGAACCCAGCCCUAAGGUACCCAGCCCUAAGGAUCCAAGAACUAAGGAACCAAAAGGAUGA